GCAGCGUGGGCACGGCGGGCGGGAGCCUCCCUGCUUUCGGCAGCUGUCCGCCACCGGAGUUCCCAGAGCUCGUCCCCACAGCCAGGACUUGUUGCCAAAACUUCCCUGACUUCGCCCCCAUGGCCUGAAGUGAAACUUCCAGACCCCAUGGAAGAAGCCAAGUAUCAUGCAGAAGUGGUGCGGAAGGUGAACGGGCUCAUCUCCGCGGGGCAGUACGGGCGCCUCUUCGCCGUCGUCCACUUCGCCAGCAAGCAGUGGAAAGUCACCAGUGAGGACCUGAUCAUGAUGGACAACGUGCUGGAGGCUGAGUGUGGGGACAGAAUCCGGAUGGAAAAGGUUUUGCUGGUCGGCGCUGACGACUUCACGCUCGUGGGACGGCCACUGCUGGGGAAGGACCUGGUCCGUGUGGAGGCCACCGUGAUCGAGAAGACGGAGUCGUGGCCCAAGGUCAACGUGCGCUUCUGGAGGAGGCACAACUUCCAGAGGAAGAAGAUCAUUGCAAAYCCCCAGACCGUCCUGCGGAUCAACACCAUUGAAAUCUACCCCUGCUUGUCCUGACUGGGGAUCAUCACUGUGCCAGACCAUUGUGGAAAUAAAACUGCCUCGGCUCUGGAAAGUUCUGGGCUUGUUGCUGUAGUGGGAAAUGGAAAUCUCUAUUUCUUUGUAAAAUAAUAAAGUAUUUUUUAAACUGUU